CUGAUUGGUUCGCUAAUGUUAUGAAGAUCUUAUUGGCUGCUAUCUGUUUCAAGGCGCUCUUUGAACUGGAAGUCGAACCUCGUGCACACAAGGGAAGAAAACAUGUUAAUGCAGGGUGAUUGUUUUUUUUUUGGUCUUAUUCUUUGUUGGAAAUAAAACGCUUAUAACAAAAAACGAGUUGUGAUGGCCGGUGAGCGCAGCAGAGAGCCAGCUGGGCUGGAUGGACUACCAGAGCUGUACAGCGUUCUAAGAGGAGAGGUGGCUUCUGUUACAACAUAUGGUGCUUUUGUUAAGAUUCCAGGAUACAGAAAACAUGGUCUAGUCCAUAAGAACGACAUGUCUGCCUCACGGGUUGAUAAUCCUGCUGAAAUUGUCGAUGUUGGUGAGCAAGUGUGGAUUAAAGUCAUAGGCAGAGAGAUUAAUGACGAUAAAAUCAAGCUUGCAUUUUCCAUGAAAGCUGUUAAUCAAGGCACAGGGCGGGACCUCGAUCCCAACAAUGUGAUGGCUGAGCAGGAUGCACGCAGACGAAGGCAGUUCCGGGAUCACACGAGUCAGAAGAUCACUCUAGAGGCUGUGCUUAAUACUACCUGUAAGAAGUGUGGGUGCACAGGUCACUUUGCAAAGGACUGUUUCUCACAGCCAGGGGAGAAACAGUAUAGUUUGGUGCCAGAAGAGGAGGAGGAACCAGCCAGCCAGACUGUCCAAUCAGAGCCGCAGAAAAGAAAGAAGGAAAAGAAAGCCAAGAAGGAGAAGAAAAAGAAAGAGAGAAAGCGAGAGAGAUCAUCGUCAGACAGUAGUGAUGAUGCCAAAAGGGCAAGACACUCCCAUACACAUUCGGAAAAGAAGAAAAAGCACAAGAAACAUAAGCACAAGACACAGAAAUGAGCUCUGGAGCUCAGGUCAUCGAGUUCACAUGUCUAGCUGUAGAAGUCAUUUGUGUGUGUAUAUACACCUGCACUGAUCUUAGAGCGGUCAACUUUCCUGUUUGUGUCUGAAAGCCAUUUUAUAAAAAAUUAUGACUUGUUGAAUGGGGGGGGGACUGAUGGAGAAAUAAAAGUGCUGAAGUACAAA